CGACUGAGCGCUAGUGCGUCAUAAACGUUUGCCGGGGCAUUCGACUGUUCAUCCUCAUUCGUGAACAGCUGAUUGACUGGUUGUAUUAUUCUUGUCUCUUGUGGAGAUUCGCUUGAAUGUCGUUUGCUCUAAACCAAGUCGUUGUGAAACUUUUAUGGGGAAUAUAAGUACACUGUCGCAAUACUUGGGUAUUAUAUCUUAAAAUGGACGAUUCGAGGCAACAUCUCACUGAAUCGGAAUCGUCUUCUACGGAAUCGGACAGUCACCUGGAAUCAAUUAGAAUCAUGGAUUUUGAGGACAGUCAAGAUUCGACUUCUACAAACCAAUCAACAUCAAAUACAACAGUUGAUUCCCACAGACAAAAUCCUGAACUGGAAGUUGAUAGUGAUGGAACACCUUCUAUUGGAAGCAGUGGGAACAUGGAUGAUGAAACUUUCUGUGGAGUAGGAAAGCAUAAACCAAAACAUAAGUGGCAUGCGCUCAAAGCUUUUACUCAACGGGGCCUUGGGAUUUCUAGUCAUAAGACCAUGGACACUGUGUUUAAUGCACACUGCUAUGGAUCUCUGCGGUUUGUCCAACGUUUAGAACUAGCUUCAAAAAUGGAUUGUCAUAAUGGGUGUGUGAAUGCUCUUCACUUUAACUCAAGUGGUACAAGACUUGCUAGCGGAUCAGAUGACCUUAGCAUCAUUAUCUGGGACUGGAGCCGAGCAGAACCGGUCCUGAAUUAUGACAGUGGACAUCGAGGAAACGUGUUCCAGGCAAAAUUUUUACCGUUAUGCGGCGACACUCACAUCGUUUCUUGUGCUCGAGACGGACAUAUAAGACUUGCAGAGUUGUCACCAAGCGGAUCGUUUCAUUCCACACGCAGGCUAGGCUUGCAUCGCGGUCCCGCCCAUAAAUUAGCCAUCCUUCCAGAUACCCCUCACGUAUUUUUAACGGCAGGAGAAGAUGGAGUCGUUUUUGAAGUAGAUGUCCGGCAAAGCAAACCUAACAAGUUACUUACAGUAAAACAUAGCGAACGCAAAAUAGCGCUCUACAGCAUAUCCGGCCAUCCAAUCGAUACAAAUGAAUUCUGCGUUGGUGGCCGAGACCAAUUUGUUCGUGUCUAUGACAGACGUUACGUAUCCACGGAUGCUGAAUCAUCCCCGGUUAGCAAAUCAUGUCCUCGGCAUUUGGUCGAUUCCUCAGUUCGCGCACAUGUAACCAGCGCGGUUUACAACUUUAAUGGGUCCGAGCUCUUAGCUAGCUACAAUGAUGAAGACAUAUAUUCCUUUUCGUCGAAAUCUGUUGAAGGAGCAGAUGCACUUCAUCGUUACAGUGGACAUAGGAACAAUGCAACUGUUAAGGGAGUGAACUAUUAUGGACCUAGGAGUGAAUUUGUCAUAUCAGGUUCAGAUUGUGGAAAUAUUUUCUUCUGGGACAGUUCUACAGAAGCGAUCGUCCAGUGUAUCCCCGGCGAUGAAAAUGGAGUGGUCAAUUGCUUAGAGCCACACCCAAGCAUUCCCGUCCUAGCAACAAGCGGGUUGGACGACGAUGUGAAAAUUUGGACUCCAAAGUGUUUCGAUGAACCCCAAUUAUGGGAACUCAAAAAGACGGUAAAAACAAACCAACAAGAAAGAGAAGAGGAACGACGCCGUGAGCCAGACACUAUUUCGGGCGAACUUCUUUGGGUACUGUGGCGUCAUGUUCGUAGAACCGAGAGGAGAAGACGGCAGCAGCAGCAGCAGCAACAGCAACAACAGCAGCAGCAGCAGCAGCAGCAGCAUCAACGUACACCAAGUCAGGAGAGGAAUGAUGAAAAUGUGUCGUCCAGUAGUGAUGAAUCCGACGUAUCGGAAAGUGAUGAAGGUCCGCGAGGAGUCCAAUGUGCACCGUCAUGAACUAAAGCAAAAAAAUCAUGCCUA